UCAUGAACCUCGUCAUAUUUAUAAAGAUCUUCAUCUUCUUCAAUUUUUUUCUACAGGACGAUGGAUGGUCGUGAUUGUUAGUACGACUACUAAAGGUACAUGACGGAUAGAAGUGAAGUGCAUAAUCUUUUACGAACAUUACUGAGUUACUCAACCACGUAAGAACGAGAAGAAAAAGCGACAUCACUGAGUUCCUCAACGUAACAACUACAAAGUUACUGUUCAGGAUUAGAUUUCAGUCUCUCCUACUAAAAACCUUAAUUUUCGUCUUCCUCUCCUUAUCCUACAAAGCGAACAAAAUGAUCAACGACGAGACGAAUUGGCAUAUUUUGAACCAGGGGUUCUGUUCGUUUAAGGUGAAACUGAAACAGCCACCGCAAACCUUCUGCCGGAAUGAGUAUAAUGUCACCGGUCUCUGCAACCGAGUGUCCUGUCCAUUGGCGAACUCAGAGUACUAAUUGAUACUUUAUUUGGUCAUGAUGUUGAUGAUGUUGAACAUGUCAAUAUGAGAUAUGAGAUUCAAGUUUGCGCUAGUAUUUUCUAGAUAACCUUCGUUCAGCGCGCGCCUCUCGGAUAUCUUCCUUUGUUGAACUUCAACUUUCAUGACCAACUACAAAACUCAACAAACAUACAACUCUUCUUCAACAAAGGUAUGCGACAGUACUGGAAAAAGAAGGUUUAUGCUACCUCUACAUAAAGACAGUGGAGCGGGCACAUUCACCGAAGAACUUGUGGGAGAAAAUAGAACUCUCGAAGAAUUUCAUGCAAGCUCUCAAGCAAAUAGACGAGCACUUAAUGCAUUGGGCUGAUCAUAAGGUACUUUUUUCUUACACCAUCGACAACUAGGUGGUACAUCCUUCUUCAUCUCUAAUAGGAAAACUAACGCAAACUUAAGUACUACACAACAACAUAAUCAUGAACAAGAGAGUAAUCAUGUCUUUGUUAACCAAUGCUUAUUGAUCUCCCAACAAAACAGAAAAACCGAUGCAAGCAGAGGUUGACGAAGUUGCGACAGGUUUUAUUAAGACAGCGCAAGGCCGCUCUGGCGCCAAAGCUCACCACAUCCGUUGGUAUCAAGAAGAAAACGGAGCGUCGCGAGGCCACUCGCGAAGCCAAAGCCGAAAAAGCCGCCAAGGUCGAAAACGCCAUCGAGAAGGAGCUGUUGGACAGACUCCGACUCGGCACUUACGGCGAUUUGUACAAAACUCUGGGUGAGCACAAUUCCGAAGCCAAUAAAGAUCAAGAUGCGGAGAUGUUGGACCAAGAAGAACUCUCCGUGGACGACGAUGAGAUCCAACAAAUGCUCGAAAUGGAAGAUGAAGAUGAAAAAAUUGACGAACGAGACCUAGAAUAUGUCGCGGAUCUCGGAGAUGAUCAAGAUGACGAGGAUGACGAUUUCGGCAUACCAGAUGAAGAUUUAAGUGAUCUAUCAGAUGAUGAACAAGUAGACGACGAAGUAGAUGGAGAUCUUGAUACUUCUCGUACAACAACUGCUAGGGACGGCGGAGAUAGUGAUGAAGACGGUGCUUCAUUAGAUAACCCAAGAAGUGGAAAUACACCUGGUGCAUCUUCUUCAAGCAAACCAGGAAAGAGAAAGGCGGGUAGAAGAAGUACAGACAUAGGAGAUAUGGAAGAUGUACUAGGUGCAAGAAAGCCGAAGAGGAAAGCUCCGGCAAAGAACAUCGAAUACGAGGUCGAAGAAGAAGGCCCAGGAAGGGAAAAACUCUUGCGAUAGUUAGAGGUUGAUAAUGCGAACUUGCUUCUAAACUUCUCCUUCAGCUUCCUUAUUUCGUUGAUUCUUGCUCAAUAUUCUCAUUACCCCUUCUAUCAACAUGGAUGUUCAUACUCAAAUACUUGUACUUCAUCUGCUGCAUAUGGAAUUGUGAUGUUGUUGCAUAUGAACAGAGGACGUCUAUUCCUGUAGACAGCAAUGCCUUUCAUGCAAUCUAUCAUGGUUCAUUUGGAAUAUUCUAUGCGAGGAAGUCUUCAAAUCUUCCCAAGCAAAGUAAGGG